UACACGUGAAGCUCAAAUGGAAAAAUAAUAAAUUAUAGUUCUUUUUUCCCCUUUUUGUAUAAAGAACUAAUAAAUUUUCCUUGUCUUCAGAUAUCAUCAUAGGAUAAUACUCGAAAUAAAACAGCAGUCUCUCAUUGUGCUUUAUUUUUUCACUCCACUUUCUCAACAUGCACUCAUCUGAUUAACCAAACAGAUGAUAAUAAGUUUGAGGUUUUCCUUGGAGGCAUCUAAUUUGCCUUUUUCUGUUUUCUUUAUGUCAUGAUUAGAGACAAAAGAGAAGUUUCUACGAAUAAAGUGGUGUUAGAUUCAUUGAACCUGGACAGCAUUUGGGUUCUUGCAUCCUGUUCCUCUUGAAAGGUGAAUUAGCUGUUCUUUUCUAGCAUGGACCGUUCUAAUGUCGACGCAGAAGAAAGAAAAGAGAUGGACAUAAGGAGCUUUUCAUCUUCACAACACAACCAAACACCCUAUAUUCACAAGGUUGGAGUCCCUCCAAAACAGGACAUUUUCAAAGAGUUUAAGACUACCGUGAAGGAGACUUUCUUUGCGGACGAUCCAUUACGUUGUUUCAAAGAUCAACCGAGGUCUAGGAAGAUUGUACUCGGUUUACAGGCAAUAUUUCCAAUACUAGAGUGGGGUAGAAACUAUAAUUUUAGAAAAUUCAGAGGUGAUCUUAUCUCUGGUCUCACCAUCGCAAGUCUUUGCAUUCCUCAGGACAUUGGCUACUCAAAGCUUGCAAAUUUAGCUCCUCAGUAUGGAUUAUACUCCAGCUUUGUUCCACCUCUAGUUUACGCCUUCAUGGGCAGUUCAAGAGACAUAGCCAUAGGGCCUGUGGCUGUUGUGUCACUCUUGCUAGGGACUUUGCUCCGGAAUGAAAUUGAUCCCACUACAAAUCCAACCGAGUAUCUGAGGCUCGCUUUCACAGCAACAUUUUUUGCUGGCAUUACUCAGGCUACUCUUGGGAUCCUAAGAUUGGGCUUCUUAAUAGACUUUCUAUCUCAUGCUGCUGUUGUUGGAUUCAUGGGUGGUGCUGCCAUCACAAUUGCCCUUCAACAGCUUAAAGGAUUUUUGGGCAUAAAAAAGUUUACUAAGAAAACAGAUAUCAUUUCUGUGAUGCAAUCAGUGUUUCAUUCCGUCAACCAUGGAUGGAACUGGCAGACAAUUCUCAUUGGAUCAACCUUUUUAACUUUCCUUUUGUUCGCGAAGUACAUAGGAAAGAAGAAUAAAAAGCUGUUUUGGGUACCUGCAAUUGCUCCUUUGAUUUCUGUCAUUCUUUCGACUUUCUUUGUCUACAUUACCCAUGCUGAAAAGAAGGGAGUUGUCAUUGUAGGAUACAUUGAGAAAGGAAUAAAUCCUCCAUCUGUCAAUAAAAUAUAUUUCACAGGUGACUAUCUCUUAAAAGGGAUGAGGACUGGUAUGGUAGCUGGCGUGAUUGCAUUGACGGAAGCUGUUGCAAUUGGAAGAACCUUCGCGUCAAUGAAGGACUACCAGUUGGAUGGAAACAAAGAGAUGGUGGCACUUGGAACUAUGAAUAUCAUUGGCUCGAUGACGUCCUGUUAUGUAGCAACAGGUUCCUUUUCUCGGUCAGCAGUAAAUUACAUGGCGGGCUGCCAAACAGCAGUUUCCAACGUUGUCAUGUCCGUCGUCGUGUUCUUAACUUUGGAAUUCAUAACACCUCUUUUUAAGUAUACUCCGAAUGCAAUCCUUGCUGCCAUCAUCAUCUCAGCUGUACUCGGCUUAAUUGACUAUGAAGCAGCAAUUUUGAUUUGGAAGAUUGACAAAUUUGACUUUGUUGCUUGCAUCGGGGCAUUUUUUGGCGUGGUUUUUGCCUCUGUUGAGAUUGGUCUUUUAAUCGCGGUGACAAUAUCAUUUGCUAAGAUUCUCCUCCAAGUCACAAGGCCGCGAACAGCUACUCUUGGUAGGAUACCCCGGACAAAUGUAUAUAGGAAUAUUGAACAAUACCCCGAGGCAACCAAAGUUCCUGGUAUAUUGAUUGUUAGAGUUGAUUCUGCUAUAUACUUUUCAAACUCUAAUUAUAUCAAAGAAAGGAUAUUGAGAUGGCUAAUGGAUGAGGAAGAACAUUUAAAAGCAGCUGGCCUUCCUGGAAUUCAAUUCUUGAUCGUUGAGAUGUCGCCUGUUACUGACAUUGACACCAGUGGCAUUCAUGCCUUGGAAGAGUUGCUAAGAAGCCUAAACAAGAGAAAUGUUCAGCUUGUUCUGUCGAACCCCGGUAGAGUGGUGAUUGACAAGCUACAUGCAUCCAAUUUUCCAAGUCAAAUUGGUGAGGACAAGAUAUUUCUCACAGUUGCUGAUGCUGUGCUAACCUGUUCACUAAAAUUGCCUGAAGAUGUUUAAACAUUGUAAACAAGAACUAUACAAUGUAUGUACAAGAAGGCAAGGGGGAAAAGAAAAAUCAA